UCGCCGAAGCUGGUGCUUGUGUCUGCGCUCGCCAUCGCUCGUCCACUGUCGGAACGCUCGCUCGUCCCAUCGUCCUGAGCGUCGUUCUUCGACUGUCACUCACGCUGUUACACUCGUUCCAACCGGCCUACAGAAUGCUUGCGCCGCCCUGAUCGCUGGGCUUCAUUUUACGACACGCACCCGGACGUGAUCCUUGUCUCUGCGCCCAGGAUUCGCUACGGCACACGCCGAGCUGCUCAUCAUAGUGUGAUCCCGUCGCGAGUCCUGCAGCCUUUUUAGCCAGCCGAACGCGCAACGGCAGAUUCGAUUGCUGAGUCUAUCCUGUCUCCGCCUGCCACUCGAGUGCCUUGCAGCAUCGACUGAGUGCUUUCGGUGCCGUGCCAUGGGCUGCCAGAAAGCGCUCCCAACCUCAGGAUGGCGCUCCAUUCAGUGGUGACAACGCUGUUCUCAAUGAAUCGGAGAACGUCCUCGCUUUUCAUCCUCGCGCUCCUGGCAAACCUCGUCGCCGCCCAGGUCGGCACUCUCCUCGACCCCUCCAAGCUCCCCAAAUGUGCCUUCUCGUGCCAAACGCUCGUCAGCGCAGCCCAGCUAUGCGUUCCUCCCAUUGCACCUGUCCAGAGUCAGGCAAUUUACCAGACCUGCUUUUGCAAUUCCAACUAUCUGGUCAAUUACAAAGCCGGAGGCGUGAGCCCGACCUGCGACGACGCCUGUUCCUCGGAAUCGGACAGGAAGGAGAUCCAGCAGUGGUAUGUCAAGUUGUGUUCGAGUGGGGCGGUCGUCACGCCGCAGGGCAAUCAAGUGAAUGCCUUGGCUACCCAGACGACAACAUCGUCUGGAGCUACCGCGACGGCAGACAGCUCGACCAGCAGCAACAGCGGCACUCAAGGCCCAAAGUCAUGGAUAUCGACCCACUACCAAUGGAUCAUCUUGGUAAUUGUCCUUCUCCUCGCCUCCAUCGCUGCCGUCUUUGGCGGUAUCUGGCUUAAGCGCCGACAGGCUCGCAAGUGGGCUACUGGAGGCUACGCUCGCGACUCGAUGCUUCGAGCCCAGGACAUUGCCAAUUCGCUCUCAAAUCCGCACCCCGAGAUGGGCAUGACUGGAACACAACAGGCGCAGAUUCCUAGUUCUGGAAGCAACGCGUACUUGGACGGCUCGCGAGAGCGUCUAACCAUGUCCGGUGCCAACCCAAAGCGGCCUGCUUCGGCGCGAGUCAACGAGCUAUCGAGAUGAUGAAACUUACCUGUGCUGGAUGGAGAUCUUUUUUGUUAAUGACGUACAGCUUCUUCUUGGGUCCUCGGUUUUGGAUCUACUCGAACGGUUUAAUGGUCUCUAGCAAACUGACCGCCGUGAUAAUUCUCAAAUAAUUGAACUCCCGUAAAGGAUCAUCUCCUGACUAUACGAAUAAUGUAUUCAGAAUACUGAGUAUUGUGACACUAGAUGAACAAGACAUACUCCUUUAAUCUAUCUCUAAAUUUGAGAAGCAUAGGUGACAGAGUAAAUAGUCCAUGCAUCAUUCUGCGAGGCCACGAAGCAGGAAAUCAACCUUCUGAUGAUGAUAC